UCUUCAGGCCGGCAUUUUAAUACACCACGAUGAAACCUAACGCGGGGAGCCGAGAUUGAUUUGAAUUUAGACGAUUUGAAUCCUCUUCAGCGUCAGGUUACAUUGAACCUUGCCAACUCUCUUGGCUGCCCCUAUAUCGAGUUCCAAUUAGCCGGUACCAAGCUCCGAUCCACUUAAAUGGACAAGCCUGUAUUUCCACGUUAUCUAUAAGAUAUACGUCGGUAUCCAGCUUCGGUUUCGUGUUUAUACCCGUAGGUGUUUAUAAAUACUUGUGCAUCGAUGAGAUUUGAACUUUACUUCAACUUGUAGAGUUUGUUCUAACGAUCGAGCUUGUACUUCGAACUCUCUUGUUAGUUCUCAGCUCAGACAAAAUGCGUAACGCGAUGCUGUCCAGUAUCUUAGGCGUUGUGUUUCUGUCAUCGACGGCACAUGCGGCCUUGACGCAGGUAACCGGCUGGGGCGAAAACCCGACUAGUCUGGAUAUGGCGGCCUAUAUCCCUUCGAAGUUGGCCGAGAAGCCUGCGAUUAUACUCGCCCUACACUACUGUGGCGGAACAGGGCAGGCGUACUAUCAAAUGGCAAAUUACGACAGCUAUGCCGACAAACAAGGUUUCAUCGUCGUUUACCCAUCUACCAAGAAGGACAAUAACUGUUGGGAUGUUGCUUCCGAGAAGACCCUUACCAAUAACGGCGGGGGUGACAGCACCGGCCUCGUCAACAUGGUCAAGUACUUGAUCGGGAAGUACAACGCGGACCCCGCUAAAGUCUACGCCACUGGCUCGUCUUCGGGUUGCAUGAUGACCAAUGUGCUUCUCGCUGUGUACCCCGACGUUUUCGCUGCCGGUUCUUGCUACUCUGGUGUUGCGGCCGGCUGCUUAGCAGGCUCUCCUGGUUCAAGCCCCCAGAGCGCCGAUCCCAAGUGUGCUAGCGGCGAGAACGUCAAGACAGGCGAAGAAUGGGCCCAGCAAGUAAAGAGCAUGUAUCCCGGCUUCAGCGGGUCAUACCCUCGCAUGCAGACAUUUCACGGCACGGCCGACCACUUCGUCGAAUACAAGAACCUGGCUGAACAGCUCAAGGAGUGGUCGGCUCUCCUCGGAGUUGAGUUCACCAAGAACGUUACUAACACCCCCCAGUCCGGAUACACGCAGAUGGUGUACGGCGAUGGUACCAAGUUGGUUGGAUAUUCUGCUGCGAAUGUUGGUCACACCGUGCCUGUGCAUCCUCAGCUCGAUGUGGAUUGGUUCGGACUGGCAUAAAUGCGGCCCUUUCCCUAGACCUUCUCGUAUCAUUUGAUUAAAAAUCCGAUAUGGGGGCGGGGGUUGACUCGGUGAUGUGCAGAGCUAGUAGCAUCCUGUGAGAAAUUAAUUAAGCAUCGUUUUCUGAAAUCGUUGAUAUAAGAAUCAUCGCCUAUUCUUGGCCGGUUAAAUGAAAAUUUCCUAAAACAGCAAAUGACUUUGGAUGCCAGUAGAAGGGUAACUUACACUAAACCCACCUGGGAGUUUCCUUAAUAAUCAGGUGCUGGUUACGUAAGAAAGGGAC